AUGGCGAACACGGAAAUUACAUCCGCAGGGAUCAACGUUGAAAGGAAUAAACGUCAACAUAAGGAACACCAGAAGCAGCAACAGCAACAGCAACAGCAACAAAAUGGGUCUACUCGUGUAUUCCUGAGGGGAUCCACUUCUUCCGCAUUUUACAACACCACGAAUACCAAGGUAAUUCUCGAAGAGUUUUUAAAUCUUUAUCCUAUCAGAGAGAAGAAGAAAAAGAGAAUGAGAUGGAAGAAUUGUAGCUGCAGGAACAGCAACAGUAGUAAUAGUAGUAGUAAUAGUAGUAGUGGCGAUGGUGUUAGUGGUGGUGGUGGUGGUGGUGGUGGUGAUGGUGAUGGUGGUGUUGGUAGUAGUAAGCCGAAGUAUACAACUUCGUGCAUUAUAAAGGAUCGUAAAGGAUUACUCAAGCGGACGCCUCCUGUCCUUUGA